AUGGAUGUACCGCUAGCCGUGGGAAUCGGUCUUGUAGCUAGUUUGAUCCAGAGCCUGGGUCUUACUAUGCAGCGACGCUCGCAUGUACAGAAUCAGCGCUUGCCAGAGACAGAGCGUCAGUCUGCAUGGCGACGGCCGAUGUGGAUCGCAGGCUUUGUCGUGUUCUUGAGCGCCAAUAUCAGCGGCACCCUAUUUCAGAUCGGCACAUUGCCUGUCGUGAUACUUGCGCCGCUUGGGGCCGUAAGUCUACUGUAUAACGCACUGCUUGCCCGCGUCAUGCUCGAUGUGAUCUUCUCGUGGCACAUGCUUACAGGCACUUGUCUCAUUGCUCUUGGCGCGAUCAUGGUCGGGUACUUUGGUGCCGUACCGCAUGCUCCGCUCACACUCGCAGAGCUUAUGGAAUUGUACAAGCGACCUCCCUUCGUCGCGAUCGCUCUUGUGUACACGCUGGUCUUGGCAACGAUACUGGCGAUAGCACAUUUCACCGAGUACCAACUCACGUGGCAACCUCUGUUGACACUGCGCCGACGACGGCGCACACGUUUUGGAUGGCGCAGGUACUUGCCGGUGCCUUCGUUGGCCACAGUCGCAGAAGUCAGCGAGAACAGCUCAGGCGUCGCCACGCCCACACACAAGCACCUGGACUCCGAGGAACGCCUCCUCCCUGACCACAGCCAGCAUGCUAAGCGGAUGCAUGGCACUCUACCGCAGAAUCCCCAUAUACCGGAUUAUGGCGCUGUACCUUCCCAGUCGUCCCUCUUUGAUAUGCCAAAUGCACGAUCGACGGUACUGGCGCUGGCCGUUGCCUACAGCGCAGCCAGUGGCCUGCUUAGUGGCGCAUGUUUGGUCAUGGCCAAGAGCGGCGUUGACCUGCUGAUACUGUCGUUACAGGGCCGCAACCAGUUCAGCAGCGGGUUCAGCUGGUGUCUGAUCUUGGUGCUGUUCGCUGCAGCCAUGCUCCAGCUGUGGUACCUGCACAAGGGUCUCCAACUUGCAGAUCCUAUGCUCAUUGCGCCACUGGCUUUCUGCUUUUACAACGUCUCGUCGAUCACGCUCGGACUGGUGUACUUUAACGAUGCGGCAUACCUAUCGUGGCUCAGUGUGGCCAUGAUUGUAGUAGGCACUGUGCUUUUACUGGCUGGUGUGUGGACCCUCAGUCUGCACCGACAGAGCGACACGCUUACGUCUCUGCAGCCAGGCCCUAUCGAGGUAAACGAGCCGUCGAGUCACGUCUCCGGACACGCACUCUCAUCUCCAAGAAUGCCAAGCGCACUAUCUGGACCCAAAGCGAAUCGCCUGCCGUCUUCGAUUUCGUUGGACUAUUCGCUCCAAAGAGGCAUCGAGCAGACAGAUGCAGCGCCGACGCAGCACCGCACAUCCUGGCUCACCAUGCUGGCUGAACGCGGCCUGAGCGUGGGUCUGAGCGCAAGCUCUCCGGGAUUCCACGUGCAGUCACAACACCAGCGCCACUCGAUGUAA